CAACAGAUGCAGACCAAUAUAUUCCAGUUGACAACCGGGGAGAAGGACGAGAAGGAGUUCCUGCUUCGAGAAGCCGAUGCAAUCCGUCAAUCACCCAGUAUCCACUGGCUCCCGUUUGGUUUCAAGUUCCUCAAGGAAUGCAGAGGUUGUUUCUUUCUAAGUUGCAUCACGACGAUGUGGGCAUACAAUAGUUACUUCAUUCCAUCUCUGGUUCUGAUACCGAUGCACAGAGAAGAGCACAUAGGAGUAUGGGUUAUUUGGGUGUUCAUGUUUCUUUCCUGUGCAACAAUCAUAUGCCUGGUACGAUCUUGUCUUUCCAAUCCUGGUUACAUUCCAUUUGACAUCAGACCUACAUCAUUAGAUCAUAUUCACUGGAGUCACUGCAAGAAAUGUUUGAUACAGCGCCCUCUUAAGUCACACCAUUGCAGUCGAUGUAAACGAUGCGUGAGGAGAAUGGACCACCAUUGCCCAUGGAUCAAUAGUUGUGUAGGAGAAGAUAAUCAGUUUGUAUUUGUGCUUCUCCUUCUCUACGGCUUCCUGCUAAGCAGCACCGCUCUGCUUUUAGACGGUCUUCACUUUUAUUACUUUCCAUCAUGUUCAACAUGUGACAUGUCAUUGUUUAGAUUCCGUUAUGAGCGCUAUCUGAUGUAUGGAUGCUUUGUGUCAGGCUGCAUGCUAGAGUUCUUCUGUUUUACACAGCUAUUCUCCCAGAUCUAUAAUAUUAGCAAAGAUAAGACUACAGUAGAGUCUCUCAUCUAUGGUGGUAAACCGGUGUAUGAAAGGCCUGUGAAUACUAAGAAACCAAUGGAUAGCUUUCGGGACGUGUUUGGACGUGGCCACAUUCUCUUCUGGCUGAACCCCUUACGAACUCGACAGGCCAGGAACAUUAUUGUUUACGCAGAAGUAGCAUGAGAGAGAGACAGAGAGAGUGGGACAGAGAAUAAGCAGGUGGAGCAGAAAGAACAUUCAGGUUUUGUUGUGGAACUUGAGGUAAAAUUACAGCAAAACCAAAGCAACAAAUUCAAGGAUUUCCAUGUACAAACGAUCUUAGAAAGACAAGUAGUGAACUGCAAACAAUAGCCUUUGAAGCCUUGGUUGUGCAAAAUGGACAAAAUGUGCUGUUUGGUAGUCACUUAAUGGACAAAAUUCACUGUUUUUUAGCCUUUUUUUUUAAAGCUACAAAAUGCCUAUAAAAAGGGAGAGGAAAGGGCUACAAAACAACUACAAAAGGGCAAGAUUUCCACUGAGUUCACUAUCCACACAACAAACACUGAUCGAGUAAAACGAUUGUUUCUUCUUGUGAACCUCCCCUUGGCUUGGACCCAUCUCCCACUAUAAGUAGUGAGCGGAAAAUCACUCAAGGUGUUCGAGUCAGAGACGGAAAAGAGCCACCUAUGAUACCAGCAGAUAUCUUGGUGUCGUCUGUCACCCGCUGCAUUUAUACCACUUCGUCAAGUAGGGUAUAAAUACAACCAUAUCCAGAUCCAGGCAAAUGGAGUAAAAAGAAUUAUCUUUGGUUCUAGCCCUACUGAAGGAGAUAUGGUGGGAACAUAAUGGCAUACUCCAAAGCACAUGUUCCUAAAGAGGGCGACAAGCAGACCGAGAAGGCUGAUCGAGAGCAUUCAUAUAAUUUUUCAUGUGUAAGUUUUAGUAUUCUGGCUUUUCGAAGAAUGGGAAGGGAGAAAAGCCAAUGAAGUCAUCGGCAUCAAUUCAUCUUGAAAGACGAAUGAUUCAGCACUAGGUUUUACAUUUUCUAAAGUGGCUGUAGUAGAGUCCCAUCCUUAGAGCGGCAGUCUCUAGAGCAAUACAGAUGAAGGAGGAUGGCCCUGAGAUAGAUACCGUUGGAGAUGCUGCCCUCGCCUUCCUCCUAUCUCUUUGGUCUGCCAGAUUGGUAUUCUGUUAAAGGACAAGUCCAGCCCAGAAAAAUGUUGAUUUGAUUAAAAAGAGAAAAAAUCAAACAAGCAUUAUGCUGAAAAUUUCAUCAAAAUCGGAUGUAAAAUAAGAAAGUUGUGACAUUUUAAGGUUUCGCUUAUUUUUCACAAAACAGUGAUAUGCACAACUCAGUGACAUGCAAAUGAGGCAGUCGAUGAUGUCCCUCACUCACUAUUUCUUUUGUUUUUUAUUGUUUGAAUUAUACAAUAUUUCAUUUUUCACAGAUUUGACAAUAUGGACCAACUUGAUUCAACCAUAUAGUAUUAAACUAUGCUAAUUGCACAUGGUCAGGGAGAAAUUAAUCGUUUUUUUUAUACGACAACAGGGAGAGAAUUGGAAUAUUUCAUAUUUUAUAUAAUAAAAUACAAAAGAAAUAGUGAGUGAGUGAUGUCAUCAGUCUCCUCAUUUGCAUACCGACACGGAUGUAAAUAUAACUGUUUUGUGAAACUAAGUGAAACUUUAAAAUGUCGUAACUUUCUUAUUUUACAUCCGAUUUUGAUGAAAUUUUCAGGGUUAUGCUUGCUGGAUUUUUCUCUUUUUAUUCGAAUAAACUUUUUGUUGGGGUGGACUUGUCCUUUAAGUUUCCGCCGUCGUCUUCACACCUACACUAACAGUAGCUCUGCAUAGACAUGACUAUCGGCUACAGAAUAUGCAUUUUUGUAUAGUUCCACAUCAUAUUAAUUGUUUAUUUGAAUACAUCUCUGGUCUUGGUUUCUUUGAAGUAGGCUUCUUACUUUACAGGUUUUAUGUGUAUGGUUUGAUAUAGACAAGGUAACAGUAUAUCUAGGGCAUUAUCAAAACUAUAUGUUUAUACUGCAUGCAUUCCAAGGAUGGGGGAGGGACAUUUAGACAUUACCUGAAGAUUGCCUGUUAAAGAGAAAUUCCAGUAGUUGCAGUAAACACUGAUUUCAUGAGAAAGUCUGUAAAACCAGGCUUAAUUGUCAGUAUAUCAUCGAGGAUCUAGAUCUGGUACAGUUACAUAAACUGAACUUUGUGAAAUCUUGAAAUCUACGCUGAAAAAUGUUCAGACUGAACUUCCCCAACACUGAAGUGCACGUGGGACUGUGUAUAAUUAUUGCUUUGAGCGUUGGGCCCGACGCUCUACCCGAAUCCUGUGCUUAUUUGCUGAUUUCUCAGCAAUUACACAAUUUCUUCCAGAAUCCUUUGGCACAUGCGUUUUAUUUAUACAAACAGACACUUGUGGUCAUUUCAUUGGAUUCUGUACGAACUCAUUUUGAUAUCGUUACCAUAACUAGCAUUUACCUUUAAAUACCUCCUAUCUUAUAAACUGUAAUCGAAUCUCAGUAUUUCUUGCUGCAUUAUUUAACUGCUUUCUUUGUGACUCGGGCACUCUGCAGAGUGGAUUUGGUCCACCAUAAUCAUUCUAGAAACGCAGUAUUUCAGUGCCAUAUGUUAUAUGCAAUUUUCUUUUGUACUUGUUUUGAUGAUUCAGUAAAGUAGAAGGCUGAAAAAUUUGAUAUUGUAUUUAUUGGACUUUGAAUUUAAGCCUUGACAUUUUAAAACAUAUCAUGUGCCUAAUUCAGUCUAGAUGGACUCCAUUUGAAUUUCAAAUGUCCAGAGUAUAAUUUAUGAAUAUUCAAUAGAUUGAAGUACUAAUUUAUACAUUUCAGAGAUUUUUUAUGUAUCGUUUUGAUGCAAAUAUAGCAUUAGAUGAUUAUAAUGUGUGUGUGUGCGGGUGUGUGUGUUUAAUUGAACUUUUACAGACAUGUAUCAAUUAGAUAUACUUCAUGUCUGGGACUGACUGUUAACGUGACCAGGGCUCAACCUCAAAUAGCUGCAUCGAUUUUUUAAGCUUGAAUUACAGGUGCAUGUCACAUGAUUUUCAGGUACAUGUACUCUACUGCGUCUGAAUACAUGUACAUAUAUAUCUGCAUUCAUUAUUUUUUAUCAGCUGUGUGCAAUCUGUAGCUUUAUAUUUAUUGAUGUCCCUUGUAAUAAUCAAUUUUUCUAGACAAAACCUGUAGGGGAAUUUUUUUUUUUCCAUGGUGUAGUGUGAUAGAUAUAUGCAGAUAUAAAGAUGACAGAGAAAAUAUGAAACAACUUUUUAUCAUUCCUGAGACAAGGAAAGGUUUUGGAAAAUCUAGUUAUUAAUUUGACAAUCAUGAAUUGUAAUAUCAUAAUAAUAACAAUAAUAGGCAUUUAUAUAGCACCAUCUAUCUAGAAAUAUUCUAUUCCGAGGUGCGUUAUUAUUAUUACCCCAGUUUUUAGCUCGAGCUGCCUUUCAGUGCUCGGUGCAUUCAAGGAAUCAAUCCUACUGGGUACCCAUUCACCUAACCUGGGUUGAGUGUUGCAAAAUGUAGAUAAGUCUCUUAUUGAAAUAAAACAUGCCAUGGCUGGGAUUCGAACCCACAACCUUCUGUUUUAAAAGACAAGUGUCAGAACCACUAGAGUAGACACGCUCACAAUAUGUACUUUGUAUAUAUAUUACUUUGAGUGUCAUGCACUUUUUUAAGUUCUGUCAUCCACCCUUCUUGUAGUUCAUGGAUGAGAUGAUGUGUGUGUGGUGUGUCUUGGUCUAGUGGUUCUGACUCUCAUCAUUUAAUCAGAGAGUCAUGGGUUCAAAUCCCAGCCAUGGCGUGUUUUCCUUCAGCAAGAUAUUUAUCCACAUUGUGCUUGCACUCGACUGAAUUGAGGUGAAUGGAUACCCUACAGGAUUAAUUCCUGAAAUGCAGUUAAAGCUGGAAAUGGAAGCUCGAGCUAAAGCUGGAAUGAUAAUAAUACCCCUCGGAUUGGGUUGUAUCUUGACAGAUGCCGCAAUAUAAAUGCCUGUUAUGUGAUAAAGUCUUAUCAUUGAAAAUAUAUAUACAUGUAUGUGGGAAUGAAAGGCUUGUAAAUUUGUGUCUUCAUUAUUAAAAUGGCCUUACAAUUUUAA